AUGUGGCGUCCAUGGGAGAAUAGUGCAUUAGAAAUUGUUGAGAAUAAUGAAGUAGAAAUUGUUGAAGAAAAUGAGGAAAUUCUACCACCAAAUAAUCCUGAAAAUGCUGCUGGACCAAGUAGAGGAAGUAUUAAAAAGCCAGAAAGAAAACAUUUAUCCAAAGACGCUAAAGAAAUUGUGUUAAAUGUGUUUAAUGGAUUAUGUGAAGAACUGGAACGGCACGAGAGUGUUUUAAAAACUGCGGCUUUAACAAAAGUUUCAUGUGCUACUGUAUAUCGAAUUAUAAAGGAGGGCAUUACAAAUAGACAAAAAAGGAGCGACUUUGGACUACAUCAAUCUAUUGAGCAACAUCUUUUAGGUCCCAUUUCAGAAACCAUUUAUAAUAUGUUUGCAGGUAAUAUUAUACCCACACUUAACCAAAUUUUAGCUGAAUUAAAAUCUAAAAAUAUUAUUAAUUGCUGUAAAUCAACUUUAAGAAAAUUUUUACUAUCAAAUGGUUUUAAGUAUAAAACAAUCAAUAAACGACAUACUAUAAUGGAAAGUGCCCGUUUAAUAAAAUGGCGUAAUGAAUAUUUGGAAAAGAUAACCGAGUACAGAAAUAGCGGAAGAAAAAUUUAUUACUUAGAUGAAACGUGGUUUGACACUAACGAAACAAUUGGCAAAGGUUGGAGUAAUGACAAUGUAAAGUGCAAAGUUAAUGUACCACCUUCCAGGGGCAAACGAAUAUGCGUUUUGCAUUGUGGAGGGGAAGAUGGUUGGGUAACCGAUAGCUUACUAUUAAGUGCAAAAGACAUUAAAGACAGUUGUUUGGACUAUCAUCAAGAUAUUACGGGUGAACUUUUCGAAUCGUGGUUUAAAAAUAACUUAUUACCUUUAGCAGACAACAGUGUUAUUGUUUUAGAUAAUGCAUCAUAUCAUUCUAGACAACUUAAAAAAAUUCCGAAUAAAUACUCUAGAAAGGAUGAAUUGUAA